CUCAGUCACUAGAUGGCAGAUGUCUAUGAACAGCAGCACACACUCGUUUGUUUACACUUGUUGCAAUGGCGACCAUCACUGAACUGAAGUGUGCCGUGAGGGAGACGCUGGAGGCCCGUGGUGUGCUGGGCCAGCUGAAGGCUCGUAUCCGGGCGGAGGUGUUCAGCGCCCUGGACGACCAAAGAGAACCGCGGCCGCCGCUGUCACAUGAAAACCUGCUGAUUAACGAGCUCAUCCGGGAGUAUCUGGAGUUCAACAAGUACAGAUACACGGCGUCAGUGCUAACAGCUGAAUCAAGUCAACCAGAAGUUCCCUUGGACAGACAGUUCCUGGCAAAUGAGCUGAAAGUUGUGGAGGACACAAGUUCCAAGUCUGUACCUCUGCUCUAUGGCCUUUUGUCCCACUUCGUGAACAGCAGUGAUAGUGGAGGGAAGGUGUUUCUCCGAGGUGCUGCUGCCAGCAAGGCGCCUCCUGGACCUGAUGCCUAAAAUCCGAUGAUGCAUUGGUGACUUUUAUUGCUCAUGGACUAAAAAAAGACUUUUACACUCCAGUAGCUGACAUGAAAUGUUGCCUCACUUCAUUGGACUCACCUUGUUGCCUCUUCCCAGAGUUUUGUCUAUAGUUUUUCACUGUGUUGUCCACAUUCACAACAGCACAGAGUAUAUGAGUCCUAGUAAGCUGAAUUUAUAUUUAUAUAGUUUUUAAGAAUUACAAAUGAUUUCCAUUGGGAUUUUUUCUGUUUUGAUUUUAACGUCAAGCCUUCACCAGUAAGUUUCAUUGUCAUAGUGGUGCUGUUUGCAGUAAGCCAUUAUGUCUGUUUUCUGAGUUAUUUGGGUAUGCAGUUAAAAAUUACAUUCCUUGUUGUUGUUUCUGUUUAAUCUUGCAAAUGUCUGAUAUAUUGUACUGUCUUUUAGAGCUUAAAAAUAAAUGCUUUCUGUUUAAACACCUCAUUAA